AGUGCGCCUCCAUCAGAGCCCGCGGUCAACUUCCCACAACUCCGACGCGCUCGGCGAGUAGAGUAGAGCUACCUUGGCCAGAAAAAGGCACUGGCUCACCUUCCCAGCUAGACCCAUGGAAUAACAACUAUGGAAUACCACUGGAUACUGCUGUCUGUCUUUUUACACUUGACCUUCCACCCAGGCAAUGCCAAGCCCAUUAUCACCCCAACUGAGCAGGACCACCUCGUCAUUGAUCUCCACAAACCAUUCGAACUGCAUUGCAAGGGUGAGAAGGAGAUGCAGUGGCUGCGAGAGGAAAGGCCGAAUGCGAAGCUGCGGGGAGAGAAAAAGAUCGAAGGGAUGUCUACACUGCACAUCCCUAAGGCUCAGCCUGGUCACAUGGGCCGCUACAUCUGCCUGGAGAAGAGCUCUGGGGAGAAAGCCUCCGUCUACAUCUAUGUCAGAGAUCCUGGCAAUCCCUUCAGAAAAUCAAUGGUGUUCAACAUUCUCACUCGUGUGGGAGACACUGUUUCAAUCCCUUGCCUGGCAACUGAUCCAAGUCUGGACAACCUGCGCCUGGAAACAUGUUCCGGUAGAGCUCUGGCCUCUGGUCUCCAAUAUACAGCGAGCCUGGAGCAAGGCAUCAUCAUCCACAACACUGAAAAAGCCUUUGAAGGUUGCUAUGUGUGCACAGGAAAACUCAUGGAAAGGCACAUCACAUCACACAACUACAAUCUGACAGUGAGGCCAGUCCCCGUUGCUCCUCCUGUGAUACAGAUGCAGGCCCCAAAAAGAGUGAUUCUUACCCGGGAUGAUAGUCUCUCCCUCACCUGCAACACCACCAACGUCAAUGGAGAAAUCAAGCUGUGGUGGGUGACCCCACCUGGCUCGGGUGCCGUCUGGUAUCCACAGCAACCAACAAAGGUUGACGGUGCUUCACGUAUCCUGACGGAGCACUUCACUCACGUGCGCAGCUCCACAUUGCACAUCAAAGCAGUCAGGCCACAAGAUGCCGGGAGGUACCGAUGUGAAGCUGAGAAUGAAAAAGGGGUUAGCACGCAGUCAGUGUGGCUCGAUGUUUAUGACAAAGGAUUCAUCAACUUAACACCCAUAAACAACAGAACCAUCCAAGUCCGCUCAGGUGAGAGUUUGACCCUAGAUGUUGACAUGGAGGCUUAUCCAAAACCACACACCUUCUCCUGGAGCUUCAUGGGCUACGAGCUGCGGAACACAACCGACCAUGUCAUCACCACGCACAGCCAUGAAUAUAGGUACAGCAGUGAGCUGAGGCUGGUUCGACUGAAAAUGUCAGAAGGAGGAGUUUACACCUUUCGAGCCUCCAACAGUGAUGCAUCAGUAAAUCAGACAUUCACUAUCUUUGUAAUCAGUAAACCUGAGAUUGUAUCUCAUGAGGGCCCGGUGGAUGGACAGGUACGCUGUGUGGCGGAGGGGUUCCCUGCCCCCCAGAUCACCUGGUACUACUGUGAGCAGCCGUAUAUCAGAUGCUCUCAACAAGUGAAUGCCACCCAAGAGGAGCACAAUGUCAUCACCGUCACACUGUUCAGCCCCACGUUUGGGAAGACCGAGGUGGAGAGUCGGGUGAACAUCAGCAGGGGACGGUUCAAUACUCUGGAAUGUGUGGCUACAGUGGAGGGAGAGCAGGCCUACACACUCUUCUCUAUCAGUGAGAGAACUGUUCCCCAUGAUCUGUUCACCCCUCUGCUAAUUGGCUCUGUAUCAGCAGCAGGCAUCCUCUGUCUCGUCCUCAUCAUGUUGUUCUACAAGUACAUACAGAAACCCAAAUACCAGAUUCAGUGGAAAGUUAUCGAGGGCAUCCAUGGAAACAACUAUGUGUACAUUGACCCCACCCAGCUACCGUAUGAUCAUCAGUGGGAGUUUCCUCGAAACAACUUGCGUUUUGGGAAGACGCUGGGAUCUGGAGCGUUUGGAAAAGUGGUGGAAGCCACUGCAUAUGGACUCUCCAAAGCAGAUUCAGUCAUGACAGUGGCUGUGAAAAUGCUCAAAUCAAGCGCUCAUGCCACAGAGAAAGAGGCACUGAUGUCAGAGCUGAAAGUCCUGAGUUACUUGGGAAACCACAUGAACAUUGUCAACCUUCUGGGAGCCUGCACCGUUGGAGGUCCUACUCUUGUGAUAACAGAAUACUGCUGCUUUGGAGACCUUCUUAAUUUUCUACGCAGAAAGAGAGAAUCAUUCAUCUGCUUUAAGAUGGAGGAAGACUGCUACUACCGCAACAUCGUGCCGCAGAGAGAGGCAGCUGGAGACAGCUUGAACGGCUACAUGACCAUGAGGCCUUCUGUUGCUGGCAACCCUCCCUUCAGCUCGUCCUCUGAGAAGAGACGCUCACUACGCAAAGGUGGCUCCUACGUUGAAGCAGAUGCAGAGAGUGAGAUGUUUGAGGAGGAUGGUCUGUCUCUAGACACCGAAGACCUUCUCAGCUUCUCAUACCAAGUGGCCAAAGGCAUGGAGUUCUUAGCUUCCAAAAAUUGUAUCCACAGAGACCUGGCAGCCAGAAAUAUCCUCCUGACUCAAGGAAGAGUGGCAAAGAUCUGUGAUUUUGGCCUGGCCCGGGACAUCACCACAGACUCCAACUACGUAGUCAAAGGAAACGCACGUUUGCCAGUGAAAUGGAUGUCUCCAGAAAGUAUCUUUGAGUGCGUGUACACGUUUGAAAGUGAUGUGUGGUCCUAUGGCAUCUUGCUUUGGGAAAUCUUCUCACUAGGAAGCAGUCCUUAUCCUGGUAUGCCUGUGGAUGCCAAGUUCUACAAACUGAUAAAAGAAGGAUAUAGAAUGGAUGCUCCAGAGUUUGCACCCAGUGAAAUGUAUGAGAUUAUGAGGUCCUGCUGGGAUGCUGACCCCUUCAACAGACCCCCCUUCAGGAAGGUCGUGGAAAGAAUUGAACAUCAGCUUUCAGAUGCCACUAAGCAUAUUUAUCUGAACUUCAGCUUAAGGCUGCCUGUGACGCCCAGAGCCCGGGAGGAGCCCAGUUCUCAGAGCAGGGCAUUUCAGCAUCUCAACUCAGCAGGCACUGAGAGUGCUCCGACCCAGCCCCUUCUGGUCCAGCAUGAGGUCUUCCUGGAGGGGACAACCCUCACAGCUCAACGGGUGUAAGGACCCACCCAACCUGUCUGGCUGCCUCAUAAAGUGCCUGUAAUGAUCCACCAAAAACCACCCAACCACUACACCCACACACUGCCCCGGUACCAGCAGCAUUUGUUGUCACAUGUUGCAGAUGGAAUGGUAAUUGCCAUGUAUUACAAGAAAGAACAACAAAGGACAACUGGCUUUCAACAUUGCUACCACUUUUAUUGCCUACUGAUUAUAGGGAGGACAGUUGGACUAAUGCUCCCUGAUCACAGCAAAGAACUGUUAACUGUUCACUGUAAAGGCACCGGGGAGGGU